UCCAGUGCCCCGCCCACCCACCGGCGCCAUGGCAACGCUUUGCUGGACCGCGUUGGGUGUUUCCCGGCGCUGCUGGCACCAACUCGGUAACGUGGGGACGUGCCAAACGCGUGACGGACACGGGCAUCGUCCGAAGGCGCGGGUGAAAGAUGGAUAGCCGCCCUUUGUUGACGGACGAGGAGUCGGACCGCGGCAGCAUCUAUACGGGGGAGUCGAGGGAAUUGGGCGAAGAGAUCCUCCAGGACUUGGCCCCGCUCUCCCUGUUCGAGCUCCGCAGUACAGUGCAGGAGUUGAGCCAUGCCUAUUCCAUUCUCAAACUGGAGUCAGCUAUAUUUCAGAAAUUUUUAAGUCGGAUGGAGCCAAAGGAUAGCCACGCCGUGCCAGAAAGACAUCCCUCUUCGAUGGAUUUGGGGCAAGUGACAUUUCCGCGCAGCAGGCGCAGAUCUAAAUCCCGUGUAGCAACAGAUCGACUGAUAUGCUUGACUGUGGAACAGAAGUGUGAUUUAGCACAACGGGAGCUGGAGGAGACCAAGGAAGACAUUCAGCGGAUGAAGGAGAACUCAGAACGGGUUUUGCAAAACUACCUGGCUGUCCUGGAGGAGGAAGAUAUUCGCAUGGUUGACAUUAAGAAAGCCUUAGCAGACUUUGAAAAAGACAUAGUCCAAACUAUAACCAAAAAGAAAGGCAGUAUCAUAGCUUCCGAUAAGGUGCUGAGAUACAUGGAAGAGAAGAUCCGUUCCAGGGAUGUCCUGAAGGAGAAGAUCCGUUUGAAAAAUGAUUCCUUGAAAGUCCAGAAGAAGAAAAUGCAGAUGCAGCUCAAGCAGAAGGAAGAGCUGGGGGAGGCGCUUCACGAGGUUGAUUUCCAGCAGCUGAAGAUUGAGAAUGCCCAGUUCCUGGAGAAAAUUGAGGAGCGGAACCAGGAUCUGCUGCGGCAGAAGAUGACUGUGGGCAGUGGCCUCCACAUUCUCAACUCCUACAAAAGAAAGCUACAGACUGCGACAGCAGUGGCUGCCCGCCUGGUGAAAGACAUCACUCAGAGAAAGGAGUCGUUGGAAAAAAUUGACCGAGAAUUCAUAGUUGUUGAGAAGGAGCGGAUCAAGGCGGAGGUCUUAAAUAAAAAAUUGAGGAAACAACUAGCAUAUUACAAAGUACCUCCUGUCCUUGAUUAUGUCCAUGAGAAGAUAGCAGUUCAUGAACUGGACAAUAUCAUCAAGAUUUGGGAGAGGAAGGUGGAAAUUGCACAGAUGGCCCUGCUGAGCUACCGUAGUGUUUGGCAGAAGGCGAGGAUGGCCAGUCAUCAGCUGCAGACUUUCCUCCCAGGACAAGUGGCCCACUGACAGUAACAUGGGCGAAAAGUGUGGAAGUCUGGCAUCAGAAUAAAGCACAGCCGCUGUUGCACUGCUUA